UGCAGCCCGGAUUAGUCAACACACCCAUGUGUAAAUUUCACUUCAGGGUGCGAUUAAAUGUAAACCUUGCGCUCAAAAUGAAACAUUCAGGCACCGCUUACAUCAAGGGACGAAAUUGAGUGCUUAGGAUAUAAUAUGCUUGCUGGUCACAUUUGCUGCUCGUCAGGUCCUCCCCAUCGCUCUGAGCCCGCCCCCUCUCCUCCGCUCACGUCCGGGGGAUCCAGCGCAUCCAGCAACAGCGGCAGACCUGCGGAGGAAGUAAAACUUUCUUUGUCCCUGUAGCUUUUUCCAUCAUCACAGCAGGAUGGCAACUGCAUGAGCAGACUGUGAAAACUUCUACGGUGUCCUGCAAGAUCCAGCUUUCAUCCAGCAUUUCUACACCUGUCUGCUGAGAGACGCAGGAAGAGGAAAGAUGAUCGACCUGAGCCACCUGACGGAAGAGGAGCAGGGGGUGAUAAUGACGGUUCUGAGGAGGGACGCAGAACUGAAGAAGGCUGAGGAGGAGAGACUCAAGAAGCUGGAGAAGGUGCUGAACAGCAGUACACAGUCAGAUGUCAAGCUGAAGUACCUGACAGGAGAGUGGUUUUAUGAGGCCAAGUCUCGCAGACACAAUGACAAGAUCCACGGCUCUGAGAUCAUCCUGGCAUCCAUGAAGCAAGGGAAAGCAGCUAGUUUAGACGGGUCUCUGAGAAUCGACAGAUCCAAGUCUCCCAGCAGUCGAGGUUCAGAUAUCGUGGCUCCACUAAAACCUGCCAGAUGUUCGGAGGCACCACAGCCACAGGAAAUAAAUGACACAGAAAAAGAGAAUCGUUUUUUAGCAGUUCGCUCCCCAAGAAUGCCGAGGCAAAACCCUUUUAACCGUGCUUCCCUUAUUGUUGUCGAGCCUCCUGAAUAUAAUCAUGACUUUUCGACCAGUCAGGACCAGGAGCCACAGGAGACAGAGCCUACCUCUCCACUGAAAAAUGCUCCAGAAGUAGAGUCCAGUCUGACUGUAGGGGGCUCCAUCACAUCUGAAUGUUCUUCUGUGGGUUUCAGGCCAGUGCCAAAGAAGCGGACAUUUCUCUCAAGACAUACUGUCAGUCAUUUAGACAGUAACGGCCAGCUGGGGUUGAACACUCAGGUAAGACCUGUUGUUCCUGCUCCAAGACGGAGCCUUCAGAAGCGAUCCACUGUGAGCUCAGACCAGCCCUUCCUGAAGAACACAGAUGAAACACCUCAGAAAAGUGCCUCUAAUCAGUUGAAUCAGUCUGUGCAGCCAACGAAAUCUGCAGAUGAAAACUCCCUGCAACAGCUGUGUGAUGCAGUUUCCUCAAAUCCAAGUCUGGAAAGAGAAAGAAAUCAGCCUUUUAUAGCAAGUGAUGGACUUGCAACCUACACCAGGACUGAUGUGUCGGCUGAAAUAGAAGCACCACAGAGGUGUGAAGAUCUAGAUGAUCAGACCCAAAGAGAGCACACAGCUUCGAACUGUUUAAGCAAACCAAGCAGCAACAUUCAGGAGAAAGAAAACAACAGCAGUAUGAGGUCAGCAGUGAGGCAGGAGGAGCUCAGUUUACCUCAAAGCACUGUGGAUCCAGAUCCUCCCUUGUCUUAUGACCUCAACUUUAUUGACAAGUCUGACCAGCAAACCCAGAGAUCAAAUCACAAGCAUGUGUUUAAAUUAUCCCCUCAGACCACCAGCCCCACUGGUGAGGACGAGGAGGAGUCCAUUGUGAAGGUGCUGGACUGGUUCAACCGCAGCACAGACAGCAGUGAUUGGCUGAAUACAGAAGACGGUCCAAAGGCCACAAAGAGAUCUGAUAGACGACACGCUGUCUGCAAAUUACAAGAUGAAGAUUCAUUAGCAAGAGAUGGUAUAAGUGAUAGACGUACAAGUGAUAGAGAGAGGGAAACACUUGAAGCAAAGAUGAGUCACGUCCACAAACAGAACAAUGAGGAUAAAAAGUUAAGAGCAGUACACAGAAAAGGCAGCAGGGAACUGACUGAAACACAAGAGGAGGCGAGGAUAGACACCAGAGAGAGAACACAUUCACAAGAUGUGAAAGAUAACACUGAUGAAAGCCAACCACUGAAGAUCUCUCAUCUAAAGUCAUUCUGGGAGAAAAGCAACACAGGCCCUAAGAUACUGAUCAGCAAAUCAGCAACGCCCGGCGACAAAGGACCAAACCCUGCUCACCUUUCAGCGGAGAAAGGGGCUGAUAUCCCGUCUGUUCCUGGAAUAUACAGUGAGAAGGGAACACAUGAUAAAUUCACCUCAAAUCCAAAUGAUGAAAGGGAACAGCAGCUGGUAAUCAGUCCACAGAUAAAUAUGGGAGGCAGUGUUUACAUAAAUAAUCACCAGCAAGCAGAAAAUGUGAUGAUUAAUUCAACUCAAAUGAACAAAAGCGACUCAGCUUAUUCAAAGUUGCUCUUCAGCCCCCAAAAGGUCGACAGAGGAGUUUCAGAUAGUGAGACUUUAUGUGUAUCCCGACUGAGCUCACCAGAAAGAACAGCCAUCGAUCCAGUGUCUGAGAGUGCUUCUGUAGUCAAACCAAAGCUGCAGCCAGAUGGUAUUUCAGAAUCAGGAGAGCUGAUCCUGCAAGAACUGCUAUCAGCGACCAUCCCUGUGACUCAGCAGGAUACAGAUCAACACACAAGGGUCAGUUCAGACUCUGAGAAGCUCAGUUUGACAAGAAACAAUCCACAUAUGGACUUCAAACCAGGUGGAAAUUAUGCCCAGAUCACUACCAAAGCACAAAUUUGCAGAGUUUCAAGUGAAGAGAUGAAGAGGAGGGACAGUGAAGAUAACAGUAUGCAUUCAAGCAUGUCUCCUAAAAGGAAAGAGGAGGUAUCCAAUAAAGACAAGACUAAUAGUCCUCACUUAAAUAGUCAGGGACAUCAGGAUAGCACAGCAGAGAGAAUAAAGCAGCUUAAAUCCUUCUGGGAGCAGGAACGCAACAAGCCCGUGUUUUACACUGGUAAACCAAAAGCUUAUGGAGAAGGAAAAUUUGCUCGUGGAGCCAACCUGGCCAAAUUGAAUAAAAGAUUUACCAAGUCUGAGUUUGACCUGAGUUUAAUUGGAAAUGAAUCAUGCAGUGAUGAGGAAGACCACAAAAACCAUCCAAAUUUUACAAUUCUCCCACUAAAUCAGAGAUUAGAUAAACUGUCUCCAAGCCUCGGCACAAGUCGUACCCAGUUUAACACUCUGCGGGAGUUCUGGGACGACGCCACCUCCGACUCCAGGGUAUCAUUAACCUUUGACAAACCCAAAAGCCCCAAACGAAAAGAGCCAGUAGGUGCCCAGCUCUCAUUUGUGGAGUUAAAGGGUGUUGACUCAGAGAUUUCUCGCCUAAAUCCUGCUGUUGAGAAAACAAGAGCUGCUGUUAUGAAGUCAUGUCCUCAGAAUCGAUCAAAGUCUCCACAUGAUAGACAGACGGGGUCUGGGUCAAGACCGCUGAGUGACAGCAAAAAUAUCCUGCCUACUUAUAUGUCAGUUGAGUCAGGGCCGGCGAGACAGUCCAGACGGAGCUCAAAAGAUGGCAAUAGAGAAGAGAAGUUCACAAAGCCACAAAACAAUUCAGGCAAAGAGAGUCGAGCUCCAAAGAACAAAAAAGACAGCUUUAGUAUUACCAGCAGUCGUGGAAAUUCUCUGCGUCGUGCCACGAGCAUGUUCAGUCUGAGUGUUGCUGAUGAAAAAGAUCCAAACCAACUCAGAAUGGAUGUAAACCCGGUUCACUCUCAGAGCAGAAAGCACAGGCAGAGCAUUGAUAAAGGCUCUUUGUCGAAAAGAUCAUCAGAGGACUCUGAGACUGUGGCUCCACGUGCACGAGCAUUCGUUCCUACAGACUACCGUCAUUACCUGGGGAUGACAGACAGCACCAGCAUCCACACAUCACUCGCCCCAGCAGUGAAGGACGAAGGGACAGAGGUCAAGACUGGGUUUGAUCUUGACCUGAGUGGACCAGUGAGGUCCAGCACGCCUGUGAACUCGGAAGAGCGUCACAGCAGGAAGAGCAACAAGAUUAAUCAACGCCCAGUGUGGGCAAACUACAGUCAGUCAGACACCGGCCAAGAGUCAUCAAUCAGCAGCACGUCAGAAACCUGGCCCAACUCGAGGAACAGUUCAAACCGUGAAAUUGAUGAUGAUGAUGACCAAAAUCCUGUUAGGAAAGCACUGCGGCGAGCAGAGACUCGGCCCAAAAAUCUGGCUAAAAGUUUGGAGGACAUCACAGCAUCUAUAACACCAAGACAGGAAAGACGACCAGACCCAACGGCUGAUCUUAGGCGCAGCAGUGAUGUUUCAGCCAUCACAUCACCUUCCUCAGCUCUGUUUUCAAGUCCAGACCACUUGAAGAAAAUGAGCAAAUCUGUUCCUUCGUUCUUACAGAAUGAGAACGCUGGCGAAGAUGCUGACUCCACCUGUGAGCACAGAUACCAGCAAGGAAGACUAAUGGCAGGCAGCUCAGUGACUAACCUGAGCAGCUCUUCUGGCAUGGCGUCUAUGUCGUCUCUAAGUGGAAGUGUGAUGACUAUGUACAGUGGUGAUUUUGUGGAGGUUCAGGGAAACAUCCAGUUCUCCAUCAAUUACAUUCAGAGGCUCAGAGAGUUUCACAUCUUUGUGGCGGAGUGCCGAGGCUUGGCUGCAGUCGACCCAAAGAGGAGCCGCUCCGAUCCGUAUGUCAAAAGCUACCUGGUUCCUGACAAAGCUAAUCUCGGAAAGAGGAAAACAUCUGUAAAAAAGAAGACACUAAAUCCAACUUUUAAUGAGAUUCUCAGAUAUCGUGUUCGUAUGGAGUAUCUCAGAACCCAGAUGCUUAUUCUAUCCGUUUGGCAUCAUGACACCUUUGGCAGGAACAGUUUCCUGGGUGAGGUAGAUGUGGACCUCUCCAAGUGGGACUUUGACCACACCCAGAUGAAUUUCUUAGCUCUGAAAGCAAGGACUAUACCCACUGUAGAACCGUCAAAUGGACGAGGGGAGAUGAGACUGGCCAUACGUUUCCUGCCACAGAUCACCCACAGUGAAGGUGUUGCCAAAGAAGUUUCCAGUACUGGAGAGAUUCAUAUUUGGGUGAAAGAAUGCAAGAAUCUGCCUCUCAUCCGGGCCACCAUUGAUCCUUAUGUUAAGUGCUUCGUGCUACCAGACACAAGCAGGAAAAGUCGCCAGAAGACACGUGUGCUGCGUAGGACAGCAGACCCAGUGUUUAACCAUACAAUGGUUUAUGACGGCAUUAGUGAAGCUGACCUAACAGAAGCCUGCGUGGAGCUGACUGUCUGGGACAGAGACCGGCUCGCAAGUAACCUCCUGGGGGGCUUGAGGCUCGGAUCUGGAACAGGCCGAAGUUAUGGAGCUUUGGUGGAUUGGAUGGACUCCGGUCCUUAUGAGGUGGCUCUAUGGGAGCGUAUGAUGGCUUCCCCGAAUGAAUGGGUGGAAGAUGUGCUGCCACUGAGAAUGCUGAACUCUGCAAAAGCUGCUUUCAAAUAAUACAGCAUGCUGCUGCCAAACAAUACCAGGUGUGCCGAGUACAGUCAUUUGUCUGAUAACGUCAUACACAUUCACUUUCAAUUUUGUCUGUAGUGCCAAUUAACAAGAGAAGAUUCUGAUGACGUUAUAAGGAAAUUAAACAAGUUUAAUACAAGUUCAGUUAAACCAAUUGCAUCCAAUUCAUUCCUUUUCAGUCUAAAGUAGUGCAGUUGAAUCUAGCUCAGGAAAAAGUGCAUCAAAUCGUCAGUUGAAUCCUCUGUCCUGAGUAUGCACAAGCCAGCGGUUGACAGUGGAGAGGAAGAACUCUCUUUUAACAGAAUGAAACCUGCUGCACAACUAAACUUAGACAAGAUGCCCAUUUGUCUCGACCUGCUGGGAUAUAAAUGGGCAGGAUAGAGACACAAAGACAAAAACAUCCACUCAGGGACUCUUACAUGAUUGUCACGUUCUUAUACUCAACUGGGCCUAAUGUAAAUCAAAGUUGAAUUAAGGUAACCUUUGUCUGCUCUCUGUACCCGGGCUUGCCCAGCGGACUGCAGCUCAAUGCUGUUGUUGCUCGGAGCAAACUACUGGAAAUAAUGCAUUUCACAGAGUAAUGGCACAGAUGUUGGGUUGUGUCUGACCGUGAGUUUUAUCAAUGUCAGUGAUUCUUAUAGCAGCUGUAUCCUUCUCAAACUAACACCUGUUAGUUUGUUACAAAUGUUAACAAUACCAUUACAAAUCAAACUAUAUUUGACCACAAAUUUAACAUUAUAUGAAUGACAGUUAAUAUGUUAACCACAAGUGGAAUUAAAGAAUUCUGAUGAGAAAAAAGGUUUUUAUGUCUCUCUUCUUUUUUUUUAACCCAUAAGAGCCCAACGUGACAUAUUUGUCACAUACAUUUUCUGUGAUAUUUGGCUUCAAUUUAUGGUAUAAACUUCGCUCAAAAUCCUAUUGAACACAAUCUUAUACUUGUCUUCUGUCUCCUAAUAGAUACCCAGAAGCAGAAAACCAUAUUAUAUUUUUAAUAUAUUACAUGGUAAUAAAUGGUAGAUAUCCCUUCUAAAAAAUUUAAAUUCUAUUGUUACACUUUGUCAUAGGGCCAA